UUCAACAAGCACGUCACCUCUUCACAUCAGUUGGGCAGCAGGCCACAGGCAAGUGAGGAGUCAGGAGAACUCGUCCAUUUGUCAGAUAAUCACGGUUUAACUUGUGUUUUAUUAUCAAGUUACUAAACCAUCCCUCUUGAAUGGAGGACUUCAAGAUCUGUCCAGUGACCAACUACUACAAAAGGAUCCUGCUGCCGGUGUCCUACAGCCUGGUGUUCCUGCUGGGCCUGGCCCUGAACGGGGCCCUGCUGUGGUCCGUGUGCGGUCGCACUCGUCGCUGGAGCAGCACGGUCGUCUACAUGACCAACCUCGCGGCGGCGGAUCUCCUCUACGUGCUGGCCCUGCCGCCCCUCGUCAUCAGCAACGCCCGCGGCGACCUGUGGCCCUUCGGCGACGUCAUCUGCAAAACAGUCAGGUUCUUCUUCUACGUCAACCUGCACUGCAGCAUGAUGUUCCUCGCCUGCGUCAGCGUGCACCGCUUCCUCGGAGUGUGCUUCCCCAUCGCCGCCGUGCGCCUCAGGACCCGGCGGCUCGCCCUCUUCGCGUCUGGCUCGGUGUGGGUCCUGGCCACCGCGGAGAUUCUGCCCACGCUGGUCUUUGCGCACACGGGCGUGAUCAACAACAUGACCGUGUGCUUUGAGAUGACCAACCCGGCGCGGUUUGGCGCGUACUUCCCCUACGGCCUGUUUCUGGCCAUCGUGGGGUUUCUGAUCCCGUUCCUCGUGGUGGUCACCUGCUACUGCGCCAUGAUGAAGGUGCUGUAUUGCGGGGCCGCGGGCGCCGUCUCCGGAGCCAGGACGGCCCGCGUGCGCAACAAGUCGCUGAACACCAUCAUGGUCGUGUUCCUCGUGUUCGUGCUGUGCUUCGUGCCCUACCACGUCGCUCGCACCGUCUACCUGUUCGUGCGGGUGUACAUGCCCGGAGACUGCGGUCUGCUGAACGUGGUCAUGAUCUCCUACAAGGUCUGGAAGCCCGUGGUCAGUUUCAACUGUUGCGCAAAUCCUCUCCUGUACUUCUGGGGCUCCUACCGGCGCCGGCACACGCUCCGGGCCUGGCCGUGCAGGAGGAGGAGGAGGAGGGUGCAGCCCAGCGUGGGUCUGGUGGAGGUGGGCUGCGCGCACGGGUCCGGAGGGUAGACGACCUCCACCAGAGGACGCAGUCCGCACAGUGACUUCCACCAUGAGUGGCGGGCGGCAGUAAUGACAAGGACAUGUGCCAGCAUUGUCAACAGGUUGGGUUUAUCAACUCUUUAUUAUUUGAGAUAUAAAAAUAUGUAUUUGGCAAUACAGCGGCCCCCUGACUCUUGAGGCAUGCUUUUUGAACACUGUCAUUCAUUAUAGUGACUUACUGGAGCCUAUCGAACCCGGAGGAGCAUCAAACGCAAGGUACUGAUUGCAAAUGAUGAGAUUGCCAAGCAGCGAUUCUGUGGCCAGAAGUGCUAUUAAACAUUUGUGGGAAUUGGUGCCCUCUGUCGUUUCAAGAGGCUCUAAAGCCGCAUCCAGGCACCACAAAGCCACAAACCAAUGUUAUGACAACUCCCUGUGGUUUCCAUAGAAAGGCACAACACCUCAAGUGUGGGGCGAACGGAAAAAUAUUCACCAAUAAUCUAUGCUGAUGAAGUUAAAAAAGCAAACCACCAGGCGUCCAUCGUCAUAUCUGGAACAGAACGUUGUAUAUUUAAUGUAAAAGUGCUACAACAGCUUGUUUAAAAGAAAGAAAAAAAAAAAGAGACAGUGUGUAUGAGCAUCCUUUUUGUGUGUGUGUGUGUGUGUGUGUGUGUGUGUGUGCAUACUUGUCUGGAGCCCCAGUGCUCCAGUGCAGGAGGAGCAGGCAGACGAAUGAAGGGCAUCAUUUCAGAACACUCCUGCGGGCAAGCGAUGACAGAUGGGUAGAGCAGUGGUCUGGGAUCUGAGAGCAGAGGACACAAGACAGCUUGAGUAAAGAGGAAUGAGAGACCACAGGUUUAGUUUUAGUAGCAGAGUUACUGGUGUUUAAUUGGUGGUGCUGUAGCAGAACCAAUCCUCCGGGCCUCCUCGACAGAUGUCAAGAUUAGAAGCUGGAGUAAAAAAAUAAAUAUUUUAAUGGUCUUAUCAAAAGGUGUGUGUGUGUGUGUG